AAAGUUGGAUAAUAUCACGGGCUAUUCUAGAUGAGGUUGGGAUUACAAUGUCGAGGAUGAUGGAUGGGACGAGGCAUGUUGAUGUUAUCGUUUAGUAUUGGUUUAGUAAGAGAGCAACACACGCACGAGUCAUAGAUUGGUCAGUCCACAAUAUUGCAUAUAGCCUAGAGUUUUCCCACUGAGCUCUACCCCCUACACUCACCCCAGGAUGCGGAUCAUGAUGAAGUCCUAGACAUGUCAAAUGUCAUGCGGGGCUGUAAAAGCAUCUAGUGGACACUUAUUGCUUGUUCCUCUAUGGAGAUCACAUUUUGCUGUUAAAAUGGCUUCUCAGACACAAUGUGAACUCAAAGUUUCUGUUGUUGGGUCUGUUACAGAGUCAAACGAGAAAGCGGCUAGGGUUGCAAGUGGGCUGGGUCAUGCUAUGUAUGUGGAGAGUGCUGGAGGCGUCAACAGCCCCGCUCUCCGGAACAACAUAACUUGCUUCCUACCGCCCCCUCCUCCGAUCCUCUCAUUCCGGGACGAAUACUACAGGAAUUAUAUACACCUAACGCAGUAUUUUGCAGAACCAGAGACGUAUUUCGCUGCUCUUGAUCCUUCUCAGGCUCCCCCACGCCUCGACUCCGCAAAGAACGUCCCAAAUACUUCUCGAUCUCGUACCAGACACCCUCAAAGGUGAUAUGUUCACCGCACUCGAACAUCUAGACGAGUGUCACGCCAAACGCAUCCAAGAACUAGACUCGAUGCCUCGUUGUACGCUUGACGCGAUCUGGUGGCCGGUCGUACAACGGUUGGUCGAGACGAAGGACGUUUCAGUCAUUGACAGCGCAUGUCAGAUUUCUUUAGCACUCAUGAUGCUCCUUCCAGGAAAAAAUUACUCUUGCGGCCAAAAUCGCUAUUGUAACCCCACCAGAUGAGUCCGCUUCACAGUGGAUAUGCUCAUCCGAAGUUGGCGCUCGUUCUAUGAAUGCGACAAGUUGUUGUUGUUGUCAUGUCAUAUUCCCGCGGGCGAUUCGUAUUUCUACUCUAAAGCUUGCUGAACGCCUCUUAUCAAGGAUCGGGCAAAGGCUCGGUUUUUCGUGUAUUUUUCUCAGAUAAAGGA